UGGCUAGCAAUAUGACCGCGUUAGGAUCAUAUUAGAGCUUUUAAAUGUCGGUGGUUAUAUUGUUAGCUAUAUAACUCCACAUGGUUAUACUUGGGUAGAGUAGACACGUUCGUCAGCCUGAAAAAAAACCGUCAUGGAUGCAGUGAACGCGUUCAACACGGAGUUGUUCUCCAUGAUUGACAUGAAGCCUCCAAUAUCCCGUGCUAAGAUGAUGUCUGUAACAAAAUCAGCCAUCAAAGCUAUCAAGCUAUACAAACAUGUUGUCCAGAUCGUUGAAAAGUUCAUCAAGAAGUGCAAGCCAGAAUUAAAAGUCCCCGGGUUGUAUGUGGUUGAUUCCAUUGUUCGACAGUCACGACAUCAGUUUGGUGUUGAUAAGGAUGUGUUUGGACCCAGAUUCUUAAAGAACUUCACAGAUACCUUUCAAAACCUUUACCGCUGCCCAGAGGAUGACAAGAGCAAAAUUGUUCGUGUACUAAACCUGUGGCAGAAGAAUGGUGUGUUUGACAUGGAUAUCAUUCAGCCUCUGAUGGAUAUGGCAAAUGGAGCCAUUGUACCUGCCCCUGCACUGGAAGUUCCCACUGACCCCCAACCAGAAACACAGCCUCCUGUGACUAGUGCCUCAGUUGUGCCUGCUGUGCCCCACCUACCCAGUCCAGAUGCGUUAGCUGCUGUGGCUCAGCUGUUUCAGUCCCCUCAUGGUCAAGAGCUGCAGAGGAUGCUCCAGAACUUCCAGCAGGCAGAUAAGACUCUGGCAGCCACCAUCGCGAACAACAUAUCAAACCCACCCCAGAUGCCUGUGGCCCAGCUCUAUAGUGCACACACAGAAAAGAAGAGCUCUUUAGCUGAGAAACUCCUUGACCGAUUUGACUAUGAUGAUGAACCUGAGGACACAACCGCUCAAGAAGGCAGUGUUCAGCCACAAGGUAUUCCUGAACACGUGUUUAGCCAGUUUCCUGGUCAGAUGCCCAACACAGACAAUGUUCAUCCACAUAUGAUGGGACAGACUGGUGGCAUACAGCACGGCGGAGCAAUGAGUCAUAAUGAACAUCAUAUGGUGCCAGAUGGAUACUGUUCUAUAAAUGAGACUUAUACACAAUCACGGGAGAAUUCAAGAGAAUACUCAACAAUGAGGCGGGAGGGCAGACACAGAGGCUAUGGCAGGAGAUCAAGAUCCAGAUCUGGUUCCAGAUCUCCCAGGAGAAGAAGAUCAAGAUCUUCAUCCCAUUCAAGAAGGUCGAGGCAUCGACGCUCUCGUUCUCGCUCCAGAGAAUGGUCCUGGAAAUCACGUUCUCAUUCUCAGGACAGAAAUGAAAGAGAGAACGGCGAGCGCAGACAGAAAGGUCUUCCCAGCAUUAAGAGCCAGACUCUCAGUGUUUGCAGCACUACACUUUGGGUUGGACAACUAGACAAGAAAACUCAGCAGUCUGACGUGAUGUCCCUUUUAGAAGAGUUUGGGCAGAUUGAAUCCAUCAAUAUGAUUCCUCCGAGGGGUUGUGCUUAUAUUGUUAUGGUUCACAGACAAGAUGCCUAUACAGCCCUGAACAAACUAAGUAGGGGGUUAUACAAAGUCAAUCAGAAACCUGUUAAGAUUGCUUGGGCUUUGAACAAAGGUAUAAAAUCAGCGCACAAAAAGUUCUGGGAUGUCGAGCGUGGAGUUACCUACAUCCCCUGGAGCAAAGUCAAAGUUGAGGAGUUGGAGAGCUAUCGGGAAGGGGGUAUGCUGGACUCAGAGACGCUACAUCCAGAGUGGAAUAAUGCCAUGAACCUCAGUAAGCUGGCAGCAGUGAACGGAGCGCUGCACAGUGUACCAGCAGAUGGAUCCAUCACUGCUCACAUUCAGGUGCCACCAGUUGAACAGGCAGCACCGAUCGGAAGUCCACUUGCUUUUCCUGGCCCCAUCAUGCUGUCCCCUACAUCCAUGCCUCCAGGAGGAGCUGCUUUCAUCCCCACAGAGUUUGACCAUACAAAUUUGGCGCCAGGAACUGUAAAACCUCUAGAGUCCACCAGUGAUUCUAAAGCGGACAUAGGAACACUCUCAGAUGUGUGUACCGACAACCAGCUGGGGUCUCCUGCAGCACCGGUAAUGACCCUGCCAGGCCCGGGAGUCAUGCAUGGUCACAGACCACCCAUGCCACCUCUGCAGCCUCCUCCUGGCAUGCCGAAUCCUCAUCUACCUCCAUUCCUCUCACCUCCAAACAUGCCACACAUGCCACCACAAAUGAUGCCUGGAGGACCUAUGUUUGCAACCGAGAGAUUCAGAAUGCCUUUGCCCUAUCCUCCUCGUUUCCAUCGACAUCCUUCCAUGGGACCAGAGGGCGAGGAUGACGGAGAAGGGAGGCAUUUCCGAAAUGGGAGGCCAGGGUUUGGGUGCCCACCCUUCCACAGAGGGGGGUGGUAGAUGUUGGAUGAAAGAUGGACCUGAGGGGAGAGAAUGCUGAACCACUGUGAGGGAUACUAAUAAAUACCAGGACAUCCAGUUCACCAAGGACUGCUGUGAACAACUGGGGGUGCAGAAACUUGUGUUAAGACUUUUUUUGCCACCAGAACCUUUUUCCUAGUGUCUGAAUGUGGUCCGUGUUCCUUCAAGGUCUCCAGAGAAGACACUCCUUGCUGUAAAUACUGUAUGUGCUUGUAGCUGUUUGCUAUCUUUUUGUAUAUUUGAAAUUGUGUAGUUUAUGCUUGUCUGUAUUCCUGGUAGUUGGAGGUAAAAACAAAGGCAAAGUCUGUAUUUUUGAGCUUAGUUUUUGUGUAUGGAAGAUGACUGUAAAAAUCUAUAAUUCAUACAUUUUGGGUAUUUUGUUUUUAGUAAAAUGGCUUUGCACCACACAGAUGCUUAAUUCUUUAUCAGAGCCGUUGGAUUUCCUUUGAAGCAGAAGAUUUCAUGUCCUGCCAGUAGAGGGUAGUGUAAACUCUGUUACCAUGACCAACCUCUGCACAUUAAGGUCACACCUUGUGGGACCAGGUGAAUAUUAAAAAGAGGU